CCAGGGACAGACUCAGCCAUGGCCCUGAGGGGAACCCGCCCCACACUCCUGCUGCCCCUCGUCCUGCUGGUUGCCAGUCUGGCCCUGGCCCAAGAGGAGUCACGUUAUGAGAAGUUCCUGAGGCAGCACGUAGAUGCCUCCGACCCCAGCCCUCCGGACGCCCGGCGCUACUGCAACCUCCUGAUGCGGCGCCGGGACAUGGCCACUGCCCACAAGUGCAAACACCUCAACACCUUCAUCCACAGCAGCGCCAACCAGAUUCAGCCCGUCUGCGGGGAUGGGGGGGAGCCGGCAGGAGGAGACCUGCGCCUCAGUGAAGACCCCUUCCCCCUCACCGUCUGUGAGCUCCAAGGAGGAGCCGAUCCCCCCGACUGUGACUACAGCGGGUCCAGUAGCACCAGCAGGAUCGUCAUUGCCUGCGUUGAUGGAGAACCAGUCCACUUUGAGACACAGGUUGAGAGUCAGGCAGGGGAGGGGAAUGAGCUGUGA